UUCGUUCCUUCCCCCAGCAACAUGAGCGUGGUACAAGACGUGGAGGUAGAAGGUCAAAUGUUCACCUCUGACCCCGACUUCUUCCCCUGCUGUCUCGUCAUCGCCGCCAUCUUCCUCAGCUUCAUCACCAUCAAGCGGUAUGCGAUGGUGACCUUCGCGCUGACGUCACUGAGUGGCCUGGUGGUUCUGGCCUUCAUCUGUGUGGGGUUCUUCCACGUCGACUCCAUCAACUGGAACAGUCCACCUGGCUUCUUCGCUCACGGCUUCUCGGGGAUCAUGUCGGGCGCCGCACUGAUCAUGUCGACAUUCGUCAGCGUAGACAACCUCGCGUCGUGUGCGGAGGAGGCUCGAACCCCGUGCAAGUCCCUGCCCACCGCCUUUGGCUUCAGCCUCGCUCUCCUCUUCACCAUCCUCUUCCUCGUCUCCUCGGCGCUCACGCUAGCGUCGCCAUGGCAACAGCUGGCAGACAACGCCGCCAUUGCUCGGGCCUACGAGACGAAAGGGAUCUUCGCCGCGCAUUACGUCAUAGGGGUGGGCGCGGUCUUGGGGCUACUUCCGGUCGUCAUCGGUUCGUUCUUGCACCCUGUGCGGCUGCUGUUCUCCAUGUCGCAAGAUCGUCUACUGCCCGGGUUCCUGUCCAAAGUGGGCUAUAACGGGAUCCCUGUGGCCCCUCACUUUCUCACAGGGGCGGCCAUCGCUCUGAGCUCUCUGGUCCUCGAGUUCCGGACGUUGCUGGAGAUGUCCUCUAUCUCCACUCUCGUGCAGUUCGUGUCCUCCUCCAUCAUCCUUCUCUUCAUCCGCUACCAGCCGGCCACCGUCGGGAUCUGUCGUGAGUACUCCGACCUUGACCUUCCUAACUCCAUGGUAGCCGAGGACGGCCUUGACAUUAAGGACGGGUUAGAGUUCAGCGAAACGCGACCUCCGAAACUGGUUCUUCUGACGACGGGAGACUGUAAGGUUCCCAGUGAGGAGAAGCAGUACUAUUCUCCUAUAGGGGAUUCCCCUAUUUUGUCACGAUCCCCCAUUGUCAAAAAAGUAUCUAAUAAUAACAUGGGGAAACCCCACUCUCCAGGAAUAAUGAACGUGGUUUCCCACAACCCCACGCACGGUUCUGAGCCCGCCGAGAAAGCUUUGAACAACAACCGGCCAAACUCUCAGACUUCCGUGAUGUCCCCCUCCCCCGCCGUCUCCUCCUCCAUCACCUUCAUCAACAGGUUCAAACCCCCGCACCCCACGUCAAAGGGCGAGAACAUGACGUCAGGACUGGACGUGUACUCAGAAAAGGACAGUCUUUUCUCCUCGUACAACGCCCACCCCAUCAUGUCCAGUAGCUCCGGGGUGUACGGGGGUAGGGGCUCCACCGCUCCAUCAGAUCUUGUGGCCGUCCUGAACAAAGACAAUAAAUGCUUUACGGGACUCAGGGAUCGAACCCAAGCUCUCAACGGCGUUGGAGGUGGUGGUGGUGUAGGGACAGCGCGCUCGCUCGCGUCAUCAGUGAGCAGCAGUCUAGUGGCCAUCUCGCCGUCUGUCACCCUUCACGCAGACGAACACUCGUGGCGUCAGACGCGCUACUUCCUGCUAGUCUACAUUCUCGCCAGCACAUGUCUCGCGGCGACCUGUGAGGCGUGGCCUAGUGACAAUGACGGGGCGUGGUGGGCGGUGACUCUGCUGUGUGUCAGCCUCGCCCUGAUGCUAGUCUCCGCCCUGUGCGUGGCGCGACAGCCCCAGAACUCCGCCCCCUUGUACUUCAAGGCCCCCUACGUGCCCCUCGUGCCUCUACUCGCCAUCACGUGCGACAUGCUGCUCAUUGCCGCCCUGCCCUUUGUCAGCUGGGCGCGGUUUGCCAUGUGGAUCUUCCCAGGUCUAGUGAUCUACGUCUGCUACAGUCACCGUCACAGCGUACACAGGUCCUCUGAUGACCAAGAAGUCGUUCUUUUCGACAUCUCACAGCUGCCCUCUGGCCACAACUGAAGGACAUGGCGUCUUUUCUACCACAGAAUGGUGUCUUUCUACCACAAAACGACGCCUUUUCUACCACAGAAUGGUGUCUUUCUACCACAAAACGACGUCUUUUCUAUCACAGAAUGGUGUCUUUCUACCACAAAACGACGUCUUUUCUACCACAGCUACCCUCUGCCAACAACUGAAGGGAAUGACGUCUUUUCUACCACAGAAUCACGCCUUUCUACAAUAGAAUGACGCAAUCUUGAAAGGGAUUCUCGUAGUCUCACAACCGAAUGACGCCUUUCUACCACAACUGCCCUUCUCCGACAACAGAAGGACAUGGCGUCUUUUCUACAGCAGAAUGACGAAGUCUCCAAAGGGAUUUUAGUAGUCUCACAACAAAAUGACGUCUUUCUAUAACAAAAUGACGUCUUUCUAUAACAAAAUGACGUCUUUUUUGCGUAUCUCACAACAGAAUGACGUCUUUCUACGUAUCUCACAACAGAAUGACGUCUUUCUACGUAUCUCACAACAGAAUGACGUCUUUCUACGUAUCUCACAACAGAAUGACG